CAAGUAAUUUCAGCUCAGAAGCAAGAAAUCGUACGGGUCACGCAACAGUUACUGGAUGCGAUCUCGUGCAAAGAUUUCGAUGUCUACACGUUAGUUUCGAAUUAUCUCAUUAUCUGCAUAAUUGUGGCUCCUCAUUGCCUUCUGUAUUCCAUGACCAUAGCUUUGGAAAGAACAGUGAAUGGAGGUGAUCUUAGGAAGUUAUGCGAUCCAGCGAUGACGUGUUUCGAACCGGAAGCCCUAGGGAAUCUCAUUGAAGGAGUCGAAUUCCAUCGAUUCUAUUUUGAUUAUGGGAACAAUAACCCGCGGAAAGGCCAGCUGCACACAACGAUGUUAAAUCCGAAUGUGCAUGUGAUGGGUGAAGAAGGGGCAUGUAUAGCGUAUGUACGGUUGACGCAGUUCAUGGACAGGUAUGUGUCAAAUUGGAGGAAUGAAAACAGAAAAGAUUCUUUGUAA